AUGAAAUAUGAUGAAUCAAUAAUUCGUUAUCAAUUCGGGCGUGGAUUGGGUUUUAGUUCAUUGCUAGUUUCCUUGGUGGAUUCAUCUGUUAGGUUCAUGUUUUUACUACAGGUAUCUGAUUCAGAUAGCAUGUCGCAGCAUCAUAACAUAGCAUCUUCAACUAAAUCAAUUCAUAGUUCUACGGUUCUGAAACAGAAUCAGCGGCAUGAAGGCAGUGGAAGGAUUAUCAAAAGCAUACUCACCAACAGAGAUCUGCGACAAAGUCAGUCUUCCAGAGCCUAUUCCGAGCGGCAGAUCCAAACUUCAAAUCUAGAAAAAGAAAAACAACCUGCUCGCCCCGUACAUGUGCAAUUGAUUUUGAAGGGCACUGAUGGUGCGCCAGAGAAUAGGAGUAUCGUGCAUGGUCUACAUGUUUCUAGUGAGAGACAGGAGAGGCGUUUUAGACAUAGAGAUAAACCUGAUCGCGGUGUUUGGACAAGUCGUUCCAAUGUAGGUGAUGAAUCUUUGUCACCCUCAGCUUCUUCACAUGUAGAUCCUUUGGAAGUUUUAUCCGCUGCUGGUGGCAUCAGAGUAAACAAACCCGAAAUCCAUAGUGGAGUAGUUGUGGUUGUUGCUGUUAUAAUAUUAGUUGGGCUAUUCAGCGUGCAACAUUAUGGUACCGAUAAAGUCGGUUGGCUCUUCGCUCCAAUUGUUCUGGUUUGGUUUCUCCUAAUAGGAGGCAUAGGUAUAUACAACAUUUGGAGAUUCGGUGGCAGAGUCCUAAAAGCCUUUUCGCCUCUCUAUGUGUAUCGGUAUAUAAGAAACGGAAGAAAAGAGAGUUGGCUUUCCCUUGGCGGCAUCUUGCUUAGCAUAACUGGGACAGAAGCUCUCUUUGCCGACUUAGCCAAUUUUCCAGUCUCGUCGGUACAAAUUGCAUUUACUCUUCUUGUGUUUCCUUGCCUUCUUUUAGCGUAUUCUGGACAGGCGGCUUAUCUGGUGCAUAACUUGCAUCAUUCACAAGAUGUUUUUUAUCGCUCUAUUCCAGAAAAAAUAUACUGGCCAGUAUUUGUUAUUGCAACACUAGCAGCAAUAGUUGCGAGCCAAGCCACAAUAACAGCAACCUUUUCAAUCAUUAAGCAAGCCCUUGCUCAUGGCUGUUUCCCACGAGUCAAAGUCGUACAUACAUCGAAAAAGUUCCUUGGCCAGAUAUAUAUCCCGGAUAUCAAUUGGAUCCUUAUGGUUCUUUGCAUUGCUGUUACCGCUGGCUUUAAAAAUCAAAGUCAGAUUGGUAACGCAUAUGGUGAGGCUUCAGCUGGAAGCACUUUUUGGUGAGAAAGCAAGACUGCGAAUGAAAAUGAAAAUCUGAUGAGAGAAAACCAAUGCCUUCACCAGCUAGUGGAGUAUCAGCAAGACAGGCCCUUAAUUGAUGUGUUUGCAAAUGGUUGAAAAUCAAAAGGUUGAGGAGCAAAAUCUAUCAGAUCAAAUGCAAAUGGUUGAAGAGGAUAAGGAGAUAGAAAUGUUGUCAAAACAAAAGCCAAAGAAGAAGAAAACUUAUAUAUGAAGAAAGUGUUAUGACUUAGUUAAAAUAUGAUUUUUAUGUGUAAGUUUUAUAGUACUUGAAAUAUUAUAACUGUACAUGAUUUUGUAUACUUUUUGGUUAAUAUUAAAAAUAUUUUGACUUAGUUAAAAUAUGAUUUUUUAUGUGUAUGAUUUUAUAGUAUUUGCAAUAUUAUGACUGAAAAUGAAAUAUAACUAAAUGGUGUAUAUGAAAUAGGGUGUAAAUAGAUAUA